AUGGCUGUACGAAGCUACGAUGACGAACUUCGCGUGCAGAUGGCUGAGGGCAAAGCUAAAAGUGGUCCUCCAUCGACCGACUUAAGCCAUGGGCUAGAGUACUUCUGCGUCGGGGAACUACGCCCCUGCAUCCGGUGUGGGGAGUGGACUCAACUCAGAAAGCGUUGGAUCUCGGUGGACAAUGGCAGUCUUCUUUCCAGAGCACGAUGCUACAAGGGUCAAAUGGUUGCACUACUUGUCGAUCGUGGGCGAUAG